AUGGCGGCUAAGAAACGAAUUCCUAAGAAACAGUUUGCAAAAGUCGUCAAAUACGGAUUCCCCAACAAUCUCCGUAAACAUAGCCUCGAAAUCCUUCUGAACUUGUUUAAGUUGUGUCGCUCAGUGGAUUGGAUACAAGAAGAAAAGACAUGUCGGCUAAACUCAAGAUUUGUCUUCAAGAAAGACAACAGUCUAAUAACUAAAGGCCCAACCUUUCAUGAACUGGAGGAUUUUCCAGUGCACUUGGCUAGCAAUUGCUUAAACAACAUCUGUAGUGAAGAUGAAAUUUGUAUUGGUGGAAAAUGUGUACAGGUUUUAAAAGAAUUUGUACUAAAUCUUACACGUGAAAAGAAGAAAACACUUGAUUGUUCAGAGAUUUUGAAAAGAGAACCAAGUAAAAGAGGACAAGAUGGAGUUUAUGUUAUUUUCCCUGACACCCGGAGAGAGGUCUUCUGUGACAUGACAACCGAUGGAGGAGGAUGGACGGUCAUUCAGAAACGAGAGGAUGGAGACGUGGAUUUUUACAGGACAUGGAUAGAGUAUAGGCAAGGAUUUGGGAAUUCCUCUAAAAACUACUGGAUAGGGAAUGAUGCAAUUCACACCUUAACAAUGAAUAAAAACCAGGAACUCCGAGUUGAUCUCCAGAGACAUAACGGAGAACAGGCGUACGCUGUGUACACCACAUUUUACAUCGGAGAUGAAGACAGUAAAUACAGACUAACAGUGUCCGGAUACAGCGGAACUGCGGGUGAUAGUUUGUGGUAUAACAAUAGAAUGAUAUUUACAACAAAAGAUCAGGACAAUGACAGAAGUGUUCUAAACUGUGGUGUAUCAUAUCACGGAGGUUGGUGGUACAACCAAUGUGCCUUUGCAAAUCUUAACGGACAGUACGCCCAGUCAGCUCGGUUUGGUUGGAAAUAUACGAUAUGGUAUUACUGGAAAGGAACAACUGAGACAUUAAAACAGACUUUGAUGAUGGUUAGAAACAAAAACUAG